CGAAAUUCAGUCACUUUGACACGGGUCACCUCAUCCUUGACCCGUUAAGACCUUUGCUGUCUGUUCAGCAUUUUGGCUUUUGCUCAAAUUAGCGCAUGGGAGUUCGCAGCACCAAGUCUCCAGUCUGCAGUAACCAACCUUCUAGUGAACAGAGUAUAGCCAUGUCGAAGCCUCAGCAGCAUGAGCGUACCAUGCAGUAUCAGGACGAGCUACCGUCGCUGCCGCUGCCCCCACUGGAACAAACGCUAGAGAAGUAUAUCAAGAGCUGCGAGGCGCUGCUGACACCCAGCGAGCUGGAUCAUACCAAGGCUGUAUGCCACGAUUUCCUUCAUGGCGUGGGGCCUCAACUACAGGCUAUUCUACAGGAACGCGCCGACACGGAGCGUAACUGGAUCGAGGAGUGGUGGGAGACCUUCGCGUAUCUUCAGCCGCGCUAUCCUUCGGCCAUCAACAUCAAUUGGUACGGCGUACUACCUGGUAACUGGGGACCGAGGGACAUGAGCCAAUGUGAAGCUGCAUCCAUCUUCACACAUGCCAUCCUCAAGUUCCGUAAGAACUUACUCGAGGAGAAAUACCCGGUGGAGAAGAUGAUGGGUCGACCGCUGUGUAUGUAUACGUAUUCACGUAUGUUCAACACGUGCGUUAUUCCUGGAGAGGAGUGCGACGAGAUGGUCUCGUAUCCACAUGAUGCCAAGCACAUUCUCGUGUUGAGAAACAAUUGCAUGUGGGCAGUGCAAGUGUUUGGGGACAAUGGGGAGGACGUCCCACUCGCGGACAUUCUGAGACAAUUUGAGCUCGUGCGAGAUGAAGCCACGGGCCUAUUCGACUUGGAGCGCUAUCCACCCGUCAGUGUCCUAACAUCGGAGAAUCGCACUAACUGGGCCAAGGCUCGGGAUCACAUUAUGUCUCUGGACGACAUUAACAAGCAGUCAUUCGACUUGAUCGAGCGGGCGUUGUUUUGUGUCGCGCUGGACGAGAGCUCUGCGUCGACUUACGACGAGAUCGCUCGCAACUGUUUGCUCGGAGAUGGACGUAAUCGCUGGUAUGACAAGCCGUUCACGCUCAUUAUCCACGAGAACGCUCGUGGUGGUUUGAACGGCCAGCACGCAUGGGCUGAUGCCCUGGUGGUGGUUCGCCUAUUCGACUACUGCAUCAAGUACGUGAACGAGAACUUCAAGGCCAAGUUCGCGAACCGUGCUGACUUGAAGCCCACGCUUAACCUCAAGCCGAAGCGGCUGGAUUGGGUACUGGACAAUGCUGCAUACACAGCUAUUGAAUGUGCCAGUGCAGCAGUAGGGAAGUUGAUCCACAACAGCGACAUCGCCACGAUGCAGUUCAACCACUACGGCUCAGCCUUCCUCAAGCGAUACAAGUUGACACCGGACUUCUUCAUGCAGAUGGCUAUUCAAUUAGCACACUACAAGAUGCACACGCGAGUUCCUGCAGUUUACGAGACAGCACACACGAGAAUGUUCUAUCACGGUCGUACCGAGACAAUUCGGUCGCUGUCGAAGGAAUCGCUAACGUUCGUGAAGACAAUGGAGUCGAACGCUUCGGAUGGAGCAAAGUGGGACGCGUUGAAAACUGCUAUUGAGGCUCACAAGGAGACGCUGAAGGAUUGCUUGACUGGAGACGGUAUUGACCGUCAUCUCAUGGGUCUACAGAUCGUGGCCGAGAUGUCUGGCAUCACGCCCAAGCCCUCGCUGUUCACCGAUCGAGCUUUCGAGGCGAGCAAGAAGUUUCUGAUUUCCACGAGUAACAUCAGUGGCGGCCCCGGUGCGAGUCCAAUCUGGGGAGGGUUCUCGGCCAUGUACAAUGAGGGAUACGGUGUGUGCUACGCAUUGCAACCGGAUCGUAUUAACGUGAGUAUCACAUGCUACCAUGUGUGUCCGGAGACGAGUGCAGCCACGUUCAAGCGCUACUUGGAGACUGCACUGUUGGAAAUGGUGGACCUCUGUCUCACACGCAACGUCAUCUACGUCGGCUCGUCGAAGAUCUAGGCGCGGUGGGCUCAACUUGAAGCCAUCUUUCGUAUUCUACCAAUCCAUUAAAUAAUUGGAGCGAUUUCUAUAGCCAUUUAAAGACUUUG